UCAACGUAAACAUUUAUUUUUUUUUAUUUAAUUUUAAUGUAAACAAAAAGAUAAUGUGACUUCUCUGAUGUUCAUACUAGGCAGCGAAGGAAAUAUGCUUUUAUUCUUUUAAUUUACACCUGAGUAAAAAUUCGUUCAACUUUCUAACACCUGAACAAAGUGUUUGCUACUUAAUUCACAUUUUUUUUUGUUGAAAAUUCUUUGAUUUGACGUUUGUGCCGGUUGGAGUGAGAUUAGUCAAUUACCGCCACCAUGUCUUCCUCAUACUUAUUAUAUAAACGGCCUAGAUGGUUCAUUAGAAUGUCACCCGAAAAACAAGAUACAUUACUUAAAAUGUUAAUAUUGUCUAUGGCUGCAGUUUUGUCAUUUUCAACUAGGCUGUUUUCUGUUUUGAGAUUUGAAAGUGUGAUACAUGAGUUUGAUCCUUACUUCAACUAUAGAACAACCAAGUAUUUAUCUGAAAAUGGUUUUUAUAGUUUUCAUAAUUGGUUUGAUGAUAGGGCAUGGUAUCCUUUAGGUAGGAUUAUUGGCGGCACAAUCUAUCCUGGUCUUAUGGUUACUUCUGCAUCUAUUUAUCAUGUUCUCCAAUAUUUAAAUGUGACUAUUGAUAUUCGAAAUGUAUGUGUUUUCUUGGCCCCAUUAUUUUCGAGUUUCACAACAAUAAUAACCUAUCUUCUCACAAAGGAGCUAAAGGAUGCUGGGGCUGGAUUGGUUGCUGCUGCUAUGAUAUCAGUUGUACCUGGUUAUAUUUCUAGAUCUGUUGCUGGGUCAUAUGAUAACGAAGGAAUAGCUAUUUUUUGUAUGCUUCUAACUUACUAUAUGUGGAUUAAAUCUGUAAAAACUGGAUCUAUUUAUUGGGCUGCAAUGUGUGGGAUUGCUUAUUUUUACAUGGUAUCAUCUUGGGGAGGUUAUGUGUUUCUCAUAAAUUUGAUUCCUUUGCAUGUAUUAGUGCUGAUGAUUACUGGUCGUUUUUCCCAUCGAGUUUACGUUGCAUAUAGUACACUAUAUUGCCUUGGAACAUUGUUGUCAAUGCAGAUAUCUUUUGUUGGAUUUCAACCUGUACAAUCAAGUGAACAUAUGGCUGCUUUAGGAGUUUUUGGCUUGUGUCAGCUUCAUGCAUUUGCAGAUUAUGUGAAAUCUCGGCUGAGUUAUGAAAAUUACCGUGUUUUAAUUCAAGCUGUGUAUACUAUUGCUGCUGUUGCAUUUAUAGCUGUAGCAACAGUUCUAACUUUCACUGGAAAAAUUUCUCCUUGGACCGGAAGAUUUUACUCUCUUUUGGACCCUUCUUAUGCAAAGAACAACAUUCCGAUUAUUGCAUCCGUCUCAGAACAUCAACCAACAUCUUGGUCAAGUUUUUAUUUUGAUCUUCAAUUUCUAGUAUUUAUGUUUCCCGUUGGAUUGUACUAUUGCUUCUCAAAAUUGACAGAUGCUAAUAUUUUCAUAAUAUUAUAUGGUGUGACAAGUAUUUAUUUUGCUGGAGUUAUGGUCCGAUUAAUGCUGGUUUUAGCACCUGUUAUGUGUAUUCUUUCUGGUAUUGGAAUUUCUUCAGUUCUCACCAUCUAUUGUAAACAAUUAGAAAUUACACCAGAUAAAAAAUCUAAGAGGUUUGGAAGUAAUUAUUUUAAGAAAAAUGAGAUUGCUUAUUCCUUUAUUUUCAUCAUGUCAUUUUUCUUAACUGCAUACAUGAUCCAUUGUACAUGGGUAACUUCUGAAGCAUAUUCAUCUCCUUCAAUAGUUCUUUCUGCGCGAAGUCAUGAUGGUUCCAGAAUUAUAUUUGAUGAUUUUCGAGAAGCAUAUUAUUGGUUGAGGCAUAACACUCCUGAAGAUGCAAAAGUAAUGUCAUGGUGGGAUUAUGGUUAUCAAAUUACUGCAAUGGCUAACCGUACUAUCCUUGUUGAUAAUAAUACUUGGAAUAAUACACAUAUCUCUAGAGUUGGCCAAGCUAUGGCUUCUACUGAAGAAAAAGCUUAUGAAAUAAUGAGAGAACUGGAUGUCAAUUAUGUUCUUGUUAUUUUUGGUGGACUUACUGGAUAUUCUUCUGAUGAUAUAAAUAAAUUUUUGUGGAUGGUUCGAAUUGGAGGAAGCACAGAUAGAGGAAAGCACAUAAAAGAAAAUGAUUACUAUACCUCGUCAGGAGAGUUUCGUAUUGAUAAAGAAGGCUCUCCAACACUAUUGAACUGUUUGAUGUACAAAAUGUGUUAUUAUAGAUUUGGGUCUGUUUAUACUGAAGCAGGUAAACCUCCUGGAUAUGAUCGUGUUAGAAAUGCUGAGAUUGGAAAUAAAGAUUUUGAGUUAGAUGUAUUAGAAGAGGCUUACACAACUGAACAUUGGCUUGUUAGGAUAUACAAAGUGAAAGAUUUGCCAAAUAGAGGAGUUUAAUGUCCCAUUAUUUGAAGCCAUGGACUGAAACAAUUUUUCAUACUUAAUAUUUUCUAUUCUAAUUGUUGAAUUUUUAAAACUUGAGUAAAAAAAGCUUAAUUUGGUAAAUGUAUGUUUUUUUUUUUUGGGUUCUUUUAUUUUUUUUCCUGUAAUCAAAGUUUAUGUGUGAAAUAUGCUGAUAAAUCUGAUCUUAAAAAUGUUUUGAAGAAUUUUGAGGGCAAUUAUUUUUUUUAAUGUUAUUUCAUUCCAUUGAUUAUUUUCAUCUAAUUUUGUGUUCCUUGUUAAUUAUUGCUCAUAUUAUUUAUGUUUUGAUAAAAAUUUUUAAAUAGUUUUGAUAAUUUAUUUGUUCAAUAAGUAUUUUCUAAGUCAAUUUUGCACAACAAAAAACCUUAUUACUUUACUGUUGCAGUUUGUCAUGACAGUUUCUUCUACUCAUUAGCUUAAUAUUAUAUCUCAAGCAUUUUUACAGUGAAUGAUAAUAAAAGUAUUUUGUUAUA